AUGAACCAGAAUGGCUCUACGGAGCCACCGCCCUCAACGUGUCUGAACAUCCAGCAAAUCUUUCAAUCGCCCGCCAACCGAAUCGCACUAUCGCACGAGCUUCGUCACGCAGCUCGUCUGACAGAAGAAGACUGGGUGAGAGAGGGAGGGCUGAAGUAUCAGAUUAAGACUGUGGCCGAAGUCCUAUUCCCAUUCAUUCUUACAUGUUUGACGGUCGGGACUGCGCUAAAUGUGAAGGAAGAUUACCUUGCCCGAGUGCAUGUUCUUCCUUUUGAUACGUCGUUUGAUGAAGGCGACAAUGAUGAUGGAAUUACGGUAUUGGAUAUCACUGAUUUGGAGAGAGUACGUUAUUGUUUCGUGAAUAUUGUACCAAUGUAUUCUGAGAAUGAGUAUGAUGGAGAUGGGACACAGGAGACAAGAGUGCUACCUCCCAGCAUGACACCACUGACUGGGCCUCAAUAUCUUUCGGGAUACUAUAAAGCAACCCCGGAGAAUCAGGAGGCGUUUGGAGAUUUGGUUAAAAGCUUCGAAACGUUACCGUUGAUUGAUUGCCGAGAUUUGUAUAGUGCGUGGCCUAAUCAUUCAUGGGUAAUUAUGGUAGCACACGAUGAGGAGCUUGAACAGCUCCAUGUUGAUGAAAUUAUUGCAGAGGAAGAGCGGUCCGGAAACAACGACGAAGUGAAAGUUGAAGCAUCUGAGAUACCCAGUCUCCGACAAUCCUCUCUUGCCAAAGUUUUGAAAUCGGCAAUUGAUUCUCCGUCCUCCGAGCUCCCUCGAAUAAUCGAAUUUGCAUCACUCCUCUCGGACUUUUAUCCUACUGCUAAGUCAAAGCUAUAUGCCAAUCCUACUGUCGUGUCGACUUCUGCGUCUGCACGUCGACUCUUGAAUACUAUAUUCAAGAAAGAAUCUACGAUCGACCUUGGACCGUUCGACCUGACCACCGAACAAAUUCUAGAAGUGUUGGAAGAAGUAUCAAACAACCCGAGAGAUGUAGUUAGUUUGAGCUUCUCCGGAAACCUUAAUAUCACCGAGGAAUUUCUAAGAGGAAUCUUGAUCAAGUUUUCUAGGCUCGAAUUCUUAUACCUUUUGAACACUCCACAAAUUCCUUUGACGAAGAAGAUCGAGUUGCUAAGAGGAACCGCAACUCAACUUUAUGAUACGGAGCUUCUUGCACUGCCAUUUGUGGAAAGAGAGGAUGAAAGACUUUACGAGAGGAAGUUUGACCUAAGAGAAUCUCCGUUAUAUGGUUAUAUUAAACCAAUCAUCAGUCAAAUGAUCGUAAUGGCAUGCUCUUUUACAAGCAACGAUAAACGGGACACAGAUGGCGGCCUUAACAUCGAAUCGUUCUUCAAAGACGGCGUAAUGAAUAAUUACAAUCACGAUUAUGCUUGCACCCCCUUUGUGGAAGCAAACCUUCCGUCAUCUGCGUUGAUUGCUGGUCUUGCUCAGUGCAUCAAUUAUCUCAUACAUCAGCAGCCAUACCUUUCCAUGGGAAUGAUGGACCCUCUCGCACUCAAUGUUGCAAUGCAUUUAGCAAUCCCACAUGCCUGCGCCCAAGAUAAUGAGAAUGCAAUGCGAGUUGGUACCAUCUCCGAAUAUUUCUACCGCACGCCCAUCGACAGUCGUUCGCUAUCACACGUUGGAGGUUGGUGGAAAAAACAGUUAAAGGUCGUCCCCGGUGAUUGGACUCUAAUCGCAAUUGGGGAAACUGCUCCUUCAGAUCGUCCAAGGGAGGAACGAGCGACAGUCCGAUAUGCUUUCAUUACCGCUGCUCCUCCCACUGAUGCUGAAGAUGCCACUUCAGACUCAUACAUUCCGAAGCUUGUCAUCAAAGAUAUUUGUGGGUUCCUUGACAGUGCAAUCCCUGAUACAUCAGUUCGACAGAAGAUAUUGGAAGACUGGAACAAGGCUAUAGUACCAGUUGCUCCAGAUGUACCCCUGAAAUUAAGUGGAAAGCAAGAGGUAGAGUCGCUGAUGCGUGCUAUUAGAUGCCCUGUGGGCGAGACUUCAAAGUUGGAUGGUUCAGAUGCUGAUUCAAGAGAUUAG